ACAUUUUAUUCCUCAAAUAAGUUUUCUUCUUGCCAGCUUCAUCUUCCUCACUAACAAACAAGCACAUUACACUGUACUACACGCAAUAUUCCAGCGUCUUGCCGCCAUAGCCGAUUUGUUUAGCUUCUUAGUCCAUCGGUCCGAGUAAGGUCCACGUACGCAUGCAAAUAUAACCAAAACUCAAUCAUACAUUACAGGCAGAAAUCCACAUGCUCGAAAUUGCAGUUCAAAACAAACUCAUGCUCUUAGUCCCGUUUUAACUUUUAACAAUACCAAUUGGGUUUAUAUGCUCAGUGACAGCUUUAUCCCACAUGCAAUGCAAUCCACUCCCCAUCAGAUUCUACCUCCUAUUACUAGUAGGUUUCCCAAUCAAUUACUAGCAGACUAGGCCGAAAAAAAAUCAAUUACUAGCGGACAAAUCCACAAAAUAUCAACCCCUGCACUUUUUCAACAUGUGCUAUAUAUACCCCCAGAACAAAGUAAUCAUACAGGCCAAGAUUUCCCUUGAUCCCAACAAGUCCUACCAGGAGCUGAGCAUAGCUCUUGCUUCUGUUUUUUUUUUUUUUUCUUUCUUUUUGGGUUUGAACUCUUAGAAUGGUGAGAAAUUUAGAUAUGGCAAUUGGGCAGUGCAGAGAUGUUGAGAACGGGGGAACCAAUAGUCUUGAGGAUUUGGAACAGCCCUUUAUCAAACAAGAGAAGAAGAUUGAUGCUGAUUAUGAAGAUGGUAGUACUGGUUCAAUUGGGAUGGUUUUGCUUAGCACAUGUGUUGCAGUUUGUGGCUCUUUCGAGUUCGGAUCAUGUGGGGCACAAAAACAAAAUAACCCAAAACAGAAAAAAGGGUUUGUUUAGCUUAGCUUAAGUUAUUAUUUUGGCAGGUGGGCUAUUCAGCACCCACUCAAUCAGCUAUCAGGGAGGAUCUCAAUCUCUCUCUAGCUCAGUUCUCCAUGUUUGGCUCUAUACUGACUAUUGGUGCAAUGCUGGGUGCUAUCACAAGUGGUAGGAUUGCGGACUUUCUUGGUCGAAAGGGGGCAAUGAGCAUGUCAGCCACUUUCUGUAUUACAGGAUGGCUAGCCAUCUAUUUCUCUGAGGGAGCUUUGUCACUUGACAUAGGAAGGUUUUUAACUGGAUAUGGAAUUGGAGUUUUCUCUUAUGUGAUCCCAAUAUUUAUAGCAGAAAUCGCACCCAAAAAUCUCCGUGGAGGGCUUACAACAUUAAAUCAGCUCAUGAUUGUUACUGGAUCCUCUGUUUCAUUUGUAAUAGGAACAAUUAUAAGUUGGAGGACACUAGCUAUAGCUGGAAUCCUUCCCUGCAUUGUCUUGCUUGUUGGUCUAUGGUUUGUUCCCGAGUCCCCUAGAUGGCUGGCAAAGAUUGGCCAUGAGAAAGAGUUCCAAGUUGCACUGCAAAGACUUCGCGGAAAAUAUGCAGAUAUAUCUGAUGAAACAGCUGAAAUAAAAGAAUAUAUUGUCACUCUACAAAACCUUCCAAAAUCCGGAGUGUUGGAUUUGUUUCAAAGCAAAUACAUUCGUUUGGUGAUUAUUGGAGUUGGAUUGAUGGUAUUUCAACAGUUUGGAGGUAUUAAUGGAAUAGGAUUCUAUGCAAGUCAAACCUUUGAAGAAGCUGGUAUCUCAAGCAAAAUUGGAACCAUAGCUUAUGCAUGUGUUCAGGUCCCAAUUACUGUAGUGGGAGCAAUGCUUAUCGAUAGGUCAGGAAGGAGACCUCUUAUAAUGGUUUCAGCAACUGGAACAUUCCUAGGCUGUUUUCUAGCAGGAACUUCUUUCUUUCUUAAGGAAUAUGGUUUGCUGCUUAAAUGGGUACCAACAAUAGCUGUGUCUGGUGUCCUGAUUUACAUUGCAUUUUUCUCAAUCGGAAUGGGAGCAGUUCCUUGGGUGAUAAUGUCUGAGAUCUUUCCAAUCCAUGUGAAAGGAGCUGCUGGUAGCUUAGUGGUGCUUGUGAACUGGUUGGGUGCUUGGGCAGUCUCUUAUACUUACAACUUCCUUAUGAGCUGGAGUUCCUCAAGAACUUAUUACAUGUAUUCUGGAUUCUCUUUGUUGACUAUCCUAUUUGUGGCAAAGUUGGUGCCAGAGACCAAAGGAAAAACACUAGAAGAAAUUCAGGCAUGCAUCAAGUCAGAUAGAAGAGAACAAGAUAUCUUGAACUGAUAAUAUUUAGGGUAGAUAUUGGCUCUAUUUAAGUGUCUUCUCCAUUUUGAUCCGGAGGUGAACUUUCACAUAGGAGGGACUAGAGCUACAAGAAGAUACCAAUCAGCACAUCUCGUUGAUCAUGUGUCAAAUUCCUUGGCUGUUUCCACCCUAAAGUUUGCUAAAUAUGUUUGUAAUGUAUUCAUUUAGGUGGAAGUUUGAUGCAGUCUAUAAUAAAGAGCCCUAGCUUUCACUCUUUCA